AUGGAGGAGAAUGACCACAGUCCUAGGGAAGAAGCACUGGAGCAGCAGCAGGAGUCCAGCAGCAGCAGCAGCAGCGAUGCGGAGCCCAACAGGAGCCGGGCAAUGAUCCUGCCCGUGGUUCUGCAGGCGCCUGGGAAUCACCAGCACCCGCACCGGAUCACGAACUUUUUCAUAGACAACAUCCUGAGGCCGGAGUUCGGGCGGAGGAAGGAAGGGGGGACCUGCAGCAGCGGAGGCAGCAGCGGCAGCAGCCCGGAGCAGCUGCUCUUAGCCGGCAGGGAGAACCGACGGAGUCCCUCUACGGCGCCGGGAUCUGGGGGGCAACUCACCGGCGGAGGGGGAGGCUCCCCGGGCGAAGGAGAAGGAGGCUCCAAAGCCCUUGCUCUCAAUGGGGGAGCCAAGAAAGGAGGCGACUCCGGGGCCCUGGAAGGAGCCUUGAAAUCCCGGGGGCUAAGCGGCGGCGAUCUGUCUGUGAGCUCGGACUCUGAUAGCUCCCAAGCCAGCUCCAACACCAGUAACCAGCCCAUGCUCUGGCCAGCCUGGGUUUACUGUACUAGAUACUCGGACAGGCCUUCUUCAGGCCCCCGGUCUCGUAAACCAAAGAAGAAGAAUCCCAACAAAGAAGACAAGCGUCCCAGGACAGCCUUCACUGCGGAGCAGCUGCAGAGACUGAAAGCGGAGUUUCAGACGAACAGAUACUUGACGGAGCAGAGGAGGCAGAGCCUGGCUCAGGAACUCAGCCUCAACGAGUCUCAGAUCAAAAUCUGGUUUCAGAACAAACGAGCCAAAAUCAAGAAAGCCACUGGCAACAAGAACACCCUGGCGGUGCAUCUCAUGGCACAAGGACUGUACAACCACUCCACCACAUCAAAAGACGGCAAGUCAGACAGUGAAUAG